AUGUGGGGGAUGGCGCGCAUCGAUGAGUGGAAACCGGUGAUCGCAAUGCUGGUCUUCGACCUCAUCUCUGCCGUGACAACGGCCCUGAUCAAGGCGGCGCUCGAGGAAGGGCUCGACCGUCUAGUGCUCAUCACGCUGCGUCAACUGGUGGCCACGGUCUUCCUUUCUCCGGUCGCAUUUUUCAAAGAACGGAACACACGGCCUAAGCUCACACUGGAGAUCCUCGUGUACCUCUUCUUCAGCGCAGCGUUAGGCGCCGCGCUCUCUCAGUAUACCUUCUUCUACGGGCUGCAGUACACAACAGCAACGUUUGCAAUAACUUUCACCAACCUGGCUCCAGUGCUGACUUUCCUCAUCGCGGUCUUGCUCAGGGUGGAGUCACUGAACAUGAAGAACAAGGCAGGAGCUGCGAAGAUCAUCGGGACGCUCAUGUCGUUCGCCGGCGUCAUGCUCCUGACCCUCUACAAGGGUGUGGCCUUGACACACCAAGCAGAGCCUUCAGGCCAGCAUGCAGAAGCAGAAGCAGCAGCAGAAUCUGGCAAGAAGAGCUGGACCCUGGGCACUCUAGCAUUACUGGCAAACUGCCUGUGCUUCUCCUUUUGGCUCCUGCUGCAGUCCAAGCUCACCAAGAAGUACCCAGCACUCUACUCCAGCACUGCAUACAUGUUCCUCAUCAGCUCCCUGCAGGGAGGUGGCCUGACAGCGGCGAUACAGCGGAGGGCAUCGGUGUGGGUCCUCACAAAGCCAGUGGAGAUUGUUACAGUACUAUACACAGGAAUCUUGGGGUCUGGAGUGGGAUAUGUACUGAUGACAUGGUGUGUGGAGAAGCGAGGGCCGGUGUUCACUUCAGCCUUCAUCCCCAUCAUCCAGAUCAUGGUUGCCAUAAUUGAUUUCUUCUUUCUCCAUGAGAACAUCUACCUUGGAAGGUAA